UGAAUUAGCUGAUGACGUGAUAAUCGGAGAGUCUGAGCCAUUUGCGUGUUUUGCUCUAAAGUGACGGGGACUACAAAUGGCGGCCUUUCUCUCUUUGUGGAAACGAAAAAGCCUCCGGAGUUCCUAUAAGAAUAACCGAUCUGUUAAAAAGCUUGCAGGUUUUGGCUGAUUGUCAAUUUGUCAUUGACAGGGGGGUCCGCCUACUCUCACUCCACUUCUGUGUUGUCUGUCCGUAACACUCAUCAACGAACCUCACCACACUUACAAUAACUCGAUUACCAACAUAAGAGCGAUGGCCGACCAAGAGCACCAAUACAAAUUCAACGUGAGCAUGAGCUGCGGCGGCUGUUCCGGUGCAGUCGAGCGUGUCCUCAAAAAACUAGACGGCGUAAAAUCCUUUGACGUGAGCCUUGAUUCCCAGACCGCGAGUGUUGUAACCGAUGACACUGUCCCUUAUGAGACGGUUCUCGCGACCAUCAAGAAGACAGGGAAGACUGUGAAUACCGGCGAAGCAGAUGGGCAGGCUCGGGAUGUUUGAUGCGUGCCUGUGACCUCUGGGUCCACACAUGACGAACGCCUACGGCUAUUACGAUGGAGUAGAUAAAUGAUUUAAUGAGUGGCCAAUAUGUACAUACUUUUGGCAAGGAAAUGAACUGCACCCAACGAGAAAUGGACGCGUCCUUGCUCCCCCAACGGCCCAAAGUCAAGUUUGUACCAUAUUUCGUACCUCGUCUCAUGUUACUCCGGUAACCUUGACCCUGUUUGGUAUCAAAAUGGGAUAUCCAAGUAUUGUAUUCUAUUUCUCAGCCUAUGCAGCCGCCGAAAUACCAUUCAUCCGAUUCUGGGUAUCAUAAUAAACACAAAAGCUAAUAUCCAAUUAACAUGUAUAAUGUGAAGAUAAUGUCUUCGUCAGUCAUAUCUCAAACCACAAUCAUGACUGUAUAUCUCUCA